CUCCUUGUUUCUCUCUCGAUCCGUUGUGUACCUUGCGCGGCGUGCGUUGAGCGAAAGCUCCGGCCGGCUGCUGCUGCGGCGUCCUGCGAGGCGAGAUCGGCAUUGAUGCGCGGCGCGGCGUGGCGGUGGUGGGCGUGCGUGCCAUGAGGAAGCUGUGCCCGAACCUGGACCGCGACGACUCGCUGGACACCGUGCUGGAGGUGCCCAUCCCCGAUGAGAUGCUCAUCAACGCGCCCGGCUCCGACAAGCGCCGCGGCGCCGGCGGCGCCAACAUGCGCGCGUGGCUAAAGAACCAGGCGUUCGACCGCGCCACCGUCGGUGGCCCCGCCAACGCCACCGCCGAGCUCCAGCUCUUCCUCAACGUCGUCGGCUCGCCGCUCAUCCCGUGCCCCGUCCCCCACGACCGCGCCUUCAGCCGAUCCAUCCGCGACUCCUCCAUCCAAGCGUCGACGGCCAAGUACAUCAUGCAGCAGUACAUCGCGGCGACGGGCGGGCAAGCGGCGCUGCAGGGGUUGCAGAGCAUGUACGCCGUGGGGAAGGUGCGGAUGUGCGCGUCGGAGUUCCACCUCGGCGACCAGAACGUCACCGCCGCGCAGGGCCGCGCCGAGGUCGGCGGCUUCGUGCUCUGGCAGAAGUGCCCCGAGGUCUGGUACUUCGAGCUCAUCAUGGCCGGCCACAAGAUGAGCGCCGGCAGCGACGGCAAGGUCGCCUGGCGCCAGUCGGCCGCCGAGAACUCCCACGUCUCCCGCGGCCCGCCCCGCCCCCUCCGCCGCUCCCUACAGGGGCUGGACCCGCGGUCGAUCGCGAACCUGUUCUCCGACGCGGUGUGCAUCGGCGAGAAGAUCAUCAACGGCGAGGAGUGCUUCAUCCUCAAGCUGGAGGCGAGCGCGGCGACGCUGCGCGCCCGGAGCGCCGCCGCGUUCGACAUCAUCCACCACACCGUGUGGGGCUACUUCAGCCAGCGCACGGGCCUGCUCAUCCAGCUCGAGGACUCGCACCUCCUCCGCAUGAAGUCCGGCAAAGGCGCCCGCCGCAGCGAGAACAUCUUCUGGGAGACCAGCAUGGAGUCCGUCAUCUCCGACUACCGCCACAUCGACGGCAUCAACAUCGCGCACGGCGGCCACACCACCGUCACGCUCUUCCGCUACGGCGAGGGCUCCGUCAACCACAAGCGGAAGCUGGAGGAGACGUGGACGGUUGAGGAGGCCGACUUCAACCUGUACGGCCUCACGUCGGACUACUUCCUGCCGCCGUCCGACCUCAAGAAGGACGCCGACGAGCAGCGCUCCGGCUGACCGGCCGGCUAGAAAUAAGAUUCAUGAAGCCCAAAUUUUUGGUAGAUCUGGUGGCGAUAGGUGUAUGGGUUUGUUCUUGAUUCUUUUUAAUAUUCUCUUUUUUCUUGUCUAAUUAAUCGCAAAGCAAGCCAUGAUCCAGGAAUAGAAGUACUUAAGGAUUCCUUUUUAGGAGAAAACAUGGCUACAAAGUAUAGCUGGAUAGGAGCUUGACUAUUUGUUUUUUUUUCAAAAGGAAAUUAUUGUUGAAAUUUC